AUGUCGAAGAAGGGCGAAUUCGUCAUAAAGCCUCAGAAGGCAGCACCGCCCAUAGACACUUCUGAGUGGCCUCUGCUACUAAAGAAUUACGACAAACUCAACGUGCGAACUGGACACUACACGCCGCUCCCGCAUGGUUCGUCACCACUUUGCCGCGAUUUGUCAAAUUACGUGAAAUACGGUUUCAUUAACUUGGAUAAGCCUGCCAAUCCGUCGUCCCACGAGACGGUCGCAUGGAUCAAGCGCAUUUUGCGCUGUGAGAAGACUGGCCACAGUGGCACCCUCGACCCCAAGGUUACGGGAGUGCUGUUGGUCUGCAUUGACCGCGCCACUCGGCUGGUAAAAUCCCAGCAGGGCCAUGGUAAGGAGUACGUGGCGAUCAUCAAGUUCCACUCCCAGCCUGAGAGCCGAAGCAAGGUCGAAAAGGCGCUGCAGACUCUGAGCGGUACUCUAUUUCAGAGGCCGCCUCUUAUUUCAGCCGUAAAAAGGCAGCUGCGUGUGCGCACCAUCCACGACACCAAAAUGCUUGACUACGAUGAAGGUAAGGGCAUGGCCACAUUCUGGGUCAAGUGUGAGGCUGGAACGUACGUGAGGACAUUGUGUAUCCAUUUGGGGUUGCUAUUGGGCUGUGGUGCGCACAUGCAGGAGCUGCGCAGGGUCCGUUCGGGCAACAUUUCGGAAUACGACAACAUGGUAACCAUGCACGACAUACUGGACGCACAGUACCUCCUGGACAACACCAAUGACGAGUCGUAUAUUAGACGCGUGAUAUCGCCUCUCGAGCGUCUGCUCACCGACCACAAGCGCAUCGUGGUGAAGGACAGUUGUGUGAACGCUAUUUGCUAUGGCGCGAAGCUCAUGAUCCCGGGCGUCUUGCGCUUCGAGAAUGGCAUUGAGCUAAACGAACAGAUUGUGCUUAUCACCACGAAGGGUGAGGCAAUCGCAAUCGGGAUUGCGCAGAUGCCCACCGCAGUUAUCGCAUCGGUUGACCACGGCGUCGUUUCCGUCAUCAAGCGCGUUAUCAUGGACCGCGACACAUACAGCCUGCGUUGGGGUUUCGGCCCACGUGCAACGGAGAAGAAGCGGUUGCAAACGGCGGGGAUGCUUGACGAUCGGGGAAAGCCGAAUGAGAAGACGCCCGUCACAUGGUUGAAGAGUGAGGGCUUCAUUCCGCCCAUGAUCGGCGAGGAUGCAAAGAAGCGUGCACAGGAGGGCGAACAGUCCGAAAUAGACGCCAAGCGGCCGAAGAAUUGA